UUCAUCUUUGAAAAAGUGUAGAGAUAAACUCUAACUAGUAAAAACGGUAUAACGUAAUUCGCAACUAGUUGCAUAGUUUUUUUGUUUUUUUUAAAACACUUGUUAAGUGAACGCCAUUACAACCAGUUGGUUAAGUGCACAACCCCUAUUGAGAAUCUUUAAGAUCGCCAUCUUUUCUUCGAAAGAAAAAACCACCAAUUUAACCACCAACAUUAAUAAAAACUUUGGAUUUAUAAGUACCAUGGACGCUUUAACCAUUGCAAUGGAAGAUGCGCUCUUAGAGUCCGACAAGGAAGUAAUGGAGGUAGAGGACCAAGGAUCUAAGGUGGCUACAGUAGCUGAUCCAGCUCCUGUUCCAGCCCCUGCUGCAAUACCAGAUCCAGUUUCUGCUCCAACACCAUUUCCAACCCCUACUCCAACACCUACUUUGGCAUCUGCUUUAGCACCAGAGUUGCCUGCUUUAAUGAUCGCUUGUCCAGAUACAGCAGCAGCUCCACCAACAAUAAAGUCAUCGAAAAAGGAAUACUCGGGUUCGAAAGUUUCGGAAUCUUCAAAGUCCAAAUGCCUUCAAUGUAAGAGUAAACAUCCCCUUUAUAAAUGUGCGCACUUCCGAAAAUUGAGUCACGUGCAGAAGCUACGAAAGCCGAUACGAAAGUCACUUUUUUCCAUACAUUUCUUAAAAAUAUCAUUUGUUGAAGUUUUGUGCUUUUUCUUCCACUUAUUAACUAAAAAUCAUAACUAUCACCUUAUUGAAUAAAUUGCAUAAAUAUCACAUCUUUUUAAAUAACAAUAUUUCACAAUUCGAAGGUUGCACUUGAGAAAAUUUAUGAAAUUCUAUAAAAAAUAACCCCGGUUCAAAUAAUUUUUUUUAUUUUAAAUUGAGUUCUAUAUACUAAACUAGAUUUAGAUUCAAAGUCUUAAAUACUUCUGAAUGACAACUUAAAAGU